UCAGCCAACAUUCAGCCCUGAGCCUCAAAGAUUCCCUGCUUGCCAAACAAGCGCGCUGCACUCCUUUUCGAACCUUCAAAACCCCUAUCACACGAACAUCGAGCAGUAGACGCAUUGCAGUCAUGGCUUCCAACCAUAACGACAACCCGUGGGCGGACCAAGGAAACCAACAAGGCCAGAGUAACCAGAGCCACAAUCCCUACCAAGCGUACCAACCAGCGCAAGACACGCCUCCGAAUCCGUAUGCUCAACAACCACCUCCAAAUCCGUUAGGCCAACAUCCUCCUCAAGAGCCGUAUGCUCAACACCUUCCUCAACACCAGGAUACCUCUCCAUGGAGCCAAGAGCCAAGCCAAGCUCAAUCGCACAACCCGUUCAUGCAGCCCCAGCCGCAUGGAUUUUCUGAACAACCCUACCAUCAGCAACAGACAUCGCAGCCUUCUUACCCAAACCAGUCUUCCUACCCUGGACAGGAGGAGGUUCCACCGGGUCUACCACCUCGUCGCACAGCUACGGAGAUGGCACUUCCCACCGGACAGGACCGGUCUCACCAGAUCGAGGUCAUGCAGAGUUAUGAGGCGGCGGGGCGAAAAGACGAUGAUGACGACAACGUCGAAGUGCUGCAGCGCGAGUUCCCAAAGAUCGAUGGAAGUCUGAUUGCAGCGAUCUACGGAGAUACCAAGAGCUUGAGCGCGACAAGAGAAAUGUUAGGUGAACUGCAGUGAGACAACUGCACGUUCUAUGAAAACGUGGAAACGCAAUAAGAUUGUGGAAUUGAAAAGAAGCAUAAGCAUUGAGAGUAUCUUUUGCGGAAAUACUCGUGAAUCUCACUAUGGAGGGUUGUGCC